CCACCAUGGCAAACCAAAGCUCCAACCUCUUGAGAGGCCCAAAAUGACAAUGGUACGAGAGUAUAUUGCAAAAAGGAAAUUGAAUAUUGAUGAAUUGUAUGAAAAGGUGGUCAAGGUGGCCAGUGAUGUGAGGAAGUGCUACGCUGAGGGCUUAACAGAAAAGUUGAAUGACGAGGAAUUCACUAGUAUGAUGUACCUUGAUGGUUGCUUCACCCUUAACUAUAUUUGCAGCAUUGUGGAAGGGAACGAAGAAGAUUUGAACAAAAUCCAGCAAAUAGCCUUGGUGCGUCGAGACUUGUUGUUACUAGAGAAUCAACUUCCUUUCCUAGCCCUCAGAGUUUUAAUGAGAGCGAGUUUUGGAAUUGCUCAAGGGGAAGAGAUGAUCACCGCUUUCAUUAAGCGCAUAAGAGGAGAGCCACCAAAAGCAGUUGCGCUGAUGGAAUACCACCCCGAGGUUCAAACGCAAGACGGGAAGGAUAAAGAUGAUGAUGAACCCGUUCACCUUCUUGAACUUGUUCGAAGGCAAUUCAUAGUUCCAAAAGAUUUUGGAAUUGGGUGUGUCAUAAGCAGUAAUUGGUACUCUCGUCGCUCAGCAAAGGACUUCAAGACUGUUGGGAUCCACAGCAAGCCUAGCAGGACUUAUCAGUUCACAGAUAUAGAGUUCAAGUCUAAAUGCACUUUAGGGAUUCUGACUCUUCCAAGAAUAAUCGUCGACGACACAACAAAGUCUAUGCUCUCGAACUUGGCGGCCUAUGAGGCAUGCCCCGAUUAUGCCAAUGACCUCGGGGUGACAUCUUACAUAUGCCUCAGGGAUUCGAUCAUCGAUCAAGAUGAGGACGUGAAGGAGUUGCGGUCUAAGGGUAUAGUCAUGAACUACCUCGGGAGUGACAAGGACGUAGCGGAUCUUUUCCAAGAUACAAGUAUUAAAUUGGCUCCUAGCCCUCAUGCUUAUCUGCAAGUUGAGUCUGGUAUUGAAAAAUACCAUAGACGCGUCAGGAGGAACCAGAUAGCAACUUGGGUUAGUGAAGUGAAGCACGACUAUUUUAGGAACCCCUGGACCACCAUCGCUGUCUUCUACGCAGUGGUUGUUCUUUUCUUGAGCUUUAUUCAGACAUAUUUCACCGUCUUCCCCUCUCCCGGUAAAGGCUAGAAUUCCAUCUGGCCGUAUCAUAAAAUACCAAAUACAGCUGCAUUCUUUUCCAUCUCCUCAUCUUUCUUAAUUCCAGAAAGUUGUUUGA